AUGUUUCAUGGUAUGCCCGCAUUGCCUUCAUGUCCUGUAAACGAUGAUGUGAAAAUUCCAUGUCAGAGGGUGGAUAUAAAUGAAGAGAUUAAGGUUCUAGACAUUUUUGAUGACAAAGAGUUGCUCAAGCUUGCAAUUGGAAGACAAUGCAUGGAACAAGUACAAACUAUUCAUAAACCAACAAGUCCAAAAAAGUUUGCUACACAACAAAAGGCAUGCCAAAAGGAUGUAGAACGUGCAUUUGGAGUUCUCCAAUCACGUUUUGCGAUUGUUCAAGGAUCAACUUGUUUUUGUAAAAAAGUAAGUACUACAUGCAUUAUUUUACAUAAUAUGAUAAUCAAUGAUGAACAUGAUCUUGACACACCAAUUGAAAUUGCAAGAGAAGUGCCACCGAUAGAGGUUGAAUUGACGACAGAUGAAGACAGUCAAUUCCAACAAUUUCUUGCUCGAUAUAAAAAUAUUAAAGAUAAAGAAGCACACUUCAGUCUACGAAAUGCGUUAGUUGAUCAUUUGUGGGAAAUUUAUUCCAACGCAUAA